AUGUUUCUUUCUACUCCAUACUUUUGUUUCAUUUCAGUACCACUACGUGCAAGUUCCACUGAUAUCCACCCGAAUGCAAAAUGGACACAGAAUGGUCUCACUGUUGCUGGAGGAAAUCGAUCUGGCAGUGAAAUCAAUCAACUCUAUUGGCCACAUGGUUUUUACGUCGACGAUGAUCAAACGAUUUAUGUUGCUGAUUGGAAUAAUGACCGUAUUGUGGAAUGGAAAUCUGGUGCAACGAAUGGAAAAGUGAUUGCUGGUGGAAAUGGACGAGGAAAUGGGGCUCAUCAGUUAAGCUACCCACUAGAUGUGAUUAUCGACAAAGAGAGCGAUAGUCUCAUCAUCAGCGAUUCAGGGAAUAGAAGAGUAGUUCGAUGGUCUCGUCGAAAUGGUACUAGUGGAGAAACAAUCAUUUCGAAUAUCGUUUGCUUCGGUUUGACAAUGAAUGAGAAUGGUUCUCUCUAUGUUGUUGACUGGGAAAAACAUGAAGUAAGACGAUAUAAAAUUGGUGAUACUAAAGGAACAGUGGUUGCAGGUGGCAAUGGAGAAGGAAAUUGCCUCGAUCAACUUUCCGGUCCCCGUUACGUAUUUGUUGAUCGAGAUCAUUCAGUGUAUGUGUCUGAUUAUGACAAUCAUCGUGUGAUGAAAUGGGAAGAAGGUGCAACACGAGGUAUUAUCAUAGCCGGCGGUCAAGGACAAGGAAAGAGUCUUACAGAGUUAGAUCGUCCUCAAGGAGUCGUUCUCGAUCAAUUGGAAACUGUCUAUGUGGCUGAUUUCGGAAAUCAUCGAAUCAUGCGUUGGCCAAAAGGAGCCACACAGGGAAGUGUCAUUGUUUGUAGAAACGGUCCAGGGACACAGUUGAAUCAGCUCAAUUAUCCUAUAGGUUUAUCAUUUGAUCGUCAUGGUAAUCUCUAUGUCGUCGAUAAUGGAAAUGCUCGGGUUGCACGUACAAAACUUGAACAACACAAUUCAGAAUUACAUGAAAAAUUUCAAGUAAAUGAAGACUUUGGUAAAACAAAAUCUCGAGCAAUUCAUGGACUACUUGAAGAUAAAGUUUAUAUAAUUGAACAACAACUUGAUGAUGAAGUUCGAUAUAUAAAAUAUUUUAUUUAUUAA